AUGCCCUUUAAUCAUAAUAGUAAGGCAAAAAGACCGAAAUUCCUAUUAGAUCUCCAAAUUAGGGAACUGGUUAAUAUUCCUCAAUCCUCCGGUUAUUGUUACACAAAAUGGCGUCUAAAGGACGGAACAGGUACAUCGGGACAUAAGUUGGCUCCGGAUGGUGAGAAUCAGUCCACUUCGACUCAGAGUAGAGGUGCAACGAAGCACGUACGUGUGCAGCAUCAUAGAGCACAAUGGAACUAUUCACUAGACAAACCAACUCUUGUAAAGCUCCGUCUGGAUAAAAAUGGCAGAUUUGUGAAGAAGACCUUGAUACUGGAGGUUUUUUUUGAAUUCGCCGAUGCGAAUUCCACAUUAACCUCUAGUUCUGGCUCCAAUGGCAAAUUGAAGAAAACCACGCAUGCUAACACCACUGCGCUAACGGCUAUUGGAAACAACUCAUAUUCUCAAAAGAUAACGGGUAAAUUGCUGUUAGGGACAGUAGACAUAGACAUAACAGAAUAUGUCAAGGAAGAUGAAACUCCGACAACAAACAGAUUCCUCCUGAAACAUUCUAAGGUCAACUCUAUCAUUAACGUCUCGCUGCAAUUAAAGCUAGUCAGAGGUUCUUAUGAAGAUUUUGACAUUUCAAAAUCCUUUACUAACGGCCAACUCGCUAAUUACAGGCCGGGGAUAAAUACUAUACUGGAUAACACAUCUGAAUUGUCCAGCCCUACAUCAACGACGAAUCAGACGUCGCACCAGAAUACCUUUUCUAAUGCAAAUGGUACUGGUGCUUCACUAGGGAAACCAAAUUUCAAUGGGACAGGAAAUAGCACAUAUGUCAAAUCCCCGGUAUCUCCCAGCAACAAAAGCAGUGGAGCGACAACAAAGCGGGGACUUUCUACAACGAUAUCGUCCUCCAUGACCCCGUUGGUUGAGAGCUUAUAUCAGAAGACGUUCAAACUGCCUUGGGAUCCAAGGCCAGGGGAAUUCACACCAAGAGAAUGUGUAGAGGAUAUUUUGCAAGGCGGAAACGGUUGGGCUAAGAACGAGAAAGGUAUAAAUCUGAUUGAUUUACAGGCAUUAAGGUUGAACGAAAUGGAAGAAGAGUAUUACAACCCAAAUUAUGGCAAUACCACCGGGAACAAAGCAAGUAGUUGGCCUCCAAACCCAAGCGAUGACGGUUACAGUACUAUGGGCAAAAGAGAAUAUCUGGAGAAAAAACAAAACUGGAGCCACAUGUCGCGCGCACAACGUGCAAAGCUGAGAACACAUAAUGACGACGAUCACGAGAAUAUAGCUAACGGUAAAGAGAGUAACGACAGUAACGAAGUUAUCGAAGAUAACAACCCUACAGACUUCUUAACGGACAGAAUAAGAGAAAACAAGAGCUGGUCUAUAACCACCCCGACGGCAUAA